CGUCGCAGCGCCACGAGCGGAGCGGCUCCCGGGCUUUGUUUUGUGGAUGUGAAGGAGCAGAAAUGUAUCCGGAUAUAAGGACUCUGUUACUUUUCUGUUUCUUCGUCCUCGGGCUUCGCUUCUCGACAGCCUCUGAUGAGUGUGAGGAUGGACAGUUCCAGUGCAACAACAAAAGGUGUAUACCCACCAUCUGGAGGUGCGACGACGACGACGACUGCUCAGACAACAGUGAUGAAGAGAACUGCCCCAGGAAGACCUGCGCCCCCGAGGAGUUCGCCUGCCUGAACGGUCAGUGCGUCCCGGGACGCUGGCGGUGCGACGGCGAACCCGAGUGCCCGGACGGCUCCGAUGAGGCGGAGGAGACCUGCAGCAAGCAGACAUGCCCUCUGGAGAAAUUCGACUGUGGCGGAUCCUCCAACAAGUGCGUCUCUCUGUCGUGGAGGUGCGACGGAGAGAAGGACUGUGAGAACGGGGCGGACGAGGAGGACUGCGCGUCCGACGCCAAGGCCUGCCCGAGCGGAGAGUUCAUGUGCGCCAACCGGAAGUGCCUGGCCCCCGUCUACGUGUGCGACGGCGACGACGACUGCGGCGACGGCAGCGACGAGCUGAAGUGCGGCUCGCCGCCGAGCUGCGGGCCCGACCAGCUGCGCUGCAACACGUCGGAGUGCGUGCCGCUCAUGUGGAGCUGCGACGGAGACCCCGACUGCGCCGACGGCUCGGACGAGGGGCCCGGGCGCUGCGGCGGCGACGGGGCCCCCCGCCCGCCCAGCCGCCGGGCCAACUGCACCGCCGGCGAGUUCCGCUGCGCCAACGGCGAGUGCGUGCGUCUGACGUGGAAGUGCGACGGAGAUCCGGACUGCAAGGACAAGUCGGACGAGUCGGACUGCCCCCUGCUGACGUGCCGCCCAGAUGAAUUCCAGUGUGGAGACGGUUCCUGCAUCCACGGCACCAAGCAGUGCAACAAGGUGCAGGACUGUCUGGACCACAGCGACGAGUCUGGCUGUGUGAACGCUACCAAAUGCGAAGGCCCCCGGAAGUUCCUGUGUAAGAACGGAGAGUGUAUCGACAGCUCCAAGGUGUGCGACUCGGUCAAGGACUGCAAGGACCGAUCGGACGAGCCCAAGAAAGAGUGCGGGCUCAAUGAGUGUAUGAUCAAUAACGGCGGCUGCUCCCAUGUCUGCAUGGACCGACCAAUCGGCUUCGAGUGUCAGUGUCCCGCCGGCUACCGGCUGCUGGACAAGAAGACUUGUGGAGACAUCGACGAGUGUGAGAACCCAGACGCCUGCAGCCAGAUCUGCAUAAACUACAAGGGCGACUUCAAGUGUGAAUGCUACGAGGGAUACGAGAUGGACCCUGUGACCAAGACCUGCAAGGCCGAAGGAAAGAGCCCGUACCUCCUGUUCACCAACCGCCACGAGAUCCGGCGCAUCGACCUGAUGAAGCGGGACUACAGCCAGGUGGUGUCCACGCAGAAGAACGCCGUGGCUCUGGACCUGGACGUGGCCAACAACCGCGUUUUCUGGUGCGACCGAUUCCACCGCAGAAUCUACAGCGCCUUCAUCCACGAGGCCAGCGACCCGGCCCAGCAGGUGCUGCUGGUGGACUCGUCCCUGAAGACGCCCGCCGGCCUGGCUCUGGACUGGCUCCAGCACAACCUGUACUGGACCGACUCGGGGGACAAGUCCAUCUCCGUGGCCUCGGUGGACGGCACCAAGAGACGCGUCCUCGUCAACACGGAGCUGAGCGAGCCCCGCGCCAUCGCGCUGGACCCCCACCACGGCUUCAUGUACUGGUCCGACUGGGGAACGCGAGCCAAGAUAGAGAAGGCCGGGAUGAACGGCGUGGACCGGCAGGUGCUGGUGGCCGACAGCAUCGAGUGGCCCAACGGCAUCACCCUGGACGUGGCCAACAGACGGCUGUACUGGGUGGACUCCAAGCUCCACCUGGUAGCGAGCGUGGACCUGAACGGCGCCCACCGCCGGACGCACAUAUCCUCCGCAGAGAGACUGGGACACCCCUACGCCCUGGCUGUCUUCGAGGAUCGCAUCUACUGGACGGACAGAGACAGAGCGGCCGUCUUCAUGGCCAACAGGCUCACUGGACAAGACGUCCACGCUCUGGCUGAAAACCUCAACGACCCGCACGACAUCGUCAUCUUCCACCAGCUGCGGCAGCCUCGGGGCCCUGACAGCUGUAACCUGGGCAGCGUGGCGAACGGAGGCUGUGAGUACCUGUGUCUCAAAGCGCCGCAGAUCACAGAGCACUCGCCCAAAUACACCUGCGCCUGCCCCGACGGACAGGACCUGGGCCCCGACAUGAGGGCCUGCGAGCCAGCGGCUCCCAGAAGCGACGCGGCGGCGCCGUCGUCCUCGCCCGCCGCCGGAUACCCCCCCGUCACGCGCCCGGCUGCCGCAGAGCUCUUCCCCGCCCCCUCGGGGGGCGUGUCGCAGGCGGACGCCGCCCCCCACGUCACCACCGCCCCCUCCGGCUCUCCCGAGUCUCCCACGGCCCUCAGCACGCUCAAGCCCCUGUCGUCGCAGGAGUCCAAGGCGCUGGGCUCCCACUCCACCGCCACGGCGACGCUGGCCCCCACCACGGCCGCCGGCGACAGCAGCGUCUCGCAGCACUCUGGGGGCGAGCACUUCCUCCUGGGGGAGAACCUGACCGUGGCCGUCCUGGGAGUGGUCAUCCCCAUCGUUCCUGUCGUUGCCACAGUGGUGUUCGGCCUGGUCUGCGCCGGCGUCUACCUGGCGUGGCGCAACUGGAGGCGCAGCUCCACCAAGAGCAUGAACUUCGACAACCCCGUCUACCGCAAGACCACCGGCGAGGGCGAGGAGGACGAGAUCCACAUCGGGCGGACGGACGCCAUGGGGCACCACGCGCACCACCACCACCCGUACCCCCAGGGCGUGGGCGUGGGCGUGGUGGGCGGCGGCGGCGGCGGCGGCGGCACCUGCCCGCAGUUCAUCGCGCUGCCUCUGGGCGGCAGCAUGCCGGAUCCCGGGACUCACUGGUACACGGAGCAGCCCAUGCUGUCCAGCGCCAAGUGACCCCCGCCGGCGACCCCCCGGGGGGGGAGGGGCCGUGCGCACGCGGUGAGGCCGAGACGCAGCGGGGACGGACAUCUGAAGGGACAAACGACACGUCUUCACGUCUCUC